AUGGAGAGUUAUAUGAUAAACAAACUGACUGAUGCUGUACGAGUUCUUGAACUAUCUGAUGAGUUGAACAUAGAUUUCCCCAAGGUAAAGAGUAAUUAUAACCGAAUUGUUAAAUCUGUCCACCCAGACAAGAAUUGUGGGCAGGACAGGGGCCUUGAUUCUGUUUUGGAAGCAUAUAAGCUUCUCGAUUAUUAUUUUAAUGUAGUUUUAAAUGGUAAAAUUUGCCAAUUGUGUCAUUUGUCUAAUAUUUGUGAAAGUUCUACUUACUAUGAUUUCCGCCAUGUCAAUUCACAUCAAUCAUGUCGGUACUAUAAAUCAGAAAAUUCAGUAGAAGACCUUAAUUGUAAAUUAUACGAGUCGAAACUGUUAUUAGAGGAUUCGUCAAAAUUGGGUUCGAAUCCUACAAAUAGAUUUAGUUGCUGUUAUAUCAAUAGUAAGGAAAACCUAACUUCUUCCAGAUUUUAUAUUGAACUUUCCAAAAACUCUCUUGAUGUUUUUGAGGGUAUUCCAUACGUCACAUGUCGUUGUGGUCAGAUUUUACUUAUUACAACUGAGGCCACUGCCCUUGGCAUCCACACAUUUGACUGUGACAUAUGCUCUUGUUCAUAUAACAUAGCAUAAUGUAACUAUAGGUUCAUAAUCUCUUAGAGUACCA